UCUGACACUAGAUUCGUGCUCAGCGUGUGAGACUUGGUCCCUGGGCCAAGUUUGGGCGAAAUCGACGCACCCUGAAUAUCAAACUGUAGUUGGAUAAUCAAAGUGCUGCUAAAUUGACAGCAGUGUUUUCGGGUUGUUUAUAAUACAAUCGGUGCUUUAUGCACUGCUAUUAUUACAUCUCGAAGGAAGAUCACAAUUAAAUCAUCAGAAAAACAAUCAACACGCCAUGUCCCUGUACCGGUCAGCGGUGCGGCUGCUGCCGGCCUGCCUGCGGGUGACAUCGCGCCGUGCUCUGGUGACCUCAUCCGCCCGAACGAAGGACCACGACCUGCACCUGCCGACCCCGGCAGGACCGCUGGGCACCUGGGCCACCUUGAAGCCGCGACCUGAGAAAUACGUCGACACAGAGGCCGAUAUCGACCCCUCGGUGACGGACCCGCUGCGCCACCCGGACUAUUUCGGCGUGCGCCAGCUGUUCACCAUGUCGGACCUGUUCGACGCGCGCGUGCACCUGGGUCACCGCGAGGGCUCGCUGAACCCGUACAUGGCCGAGUUCCUGCUGGGCUCGCGGCUCGGUCACUGCGUGUUUGACCUGGAGAGGACGGCACAGCUGUUGCGGGACGCGCUCAACUUCACCACCCACAUCGCCUACCGCGGCGGCAUCAUCAUGUUCGUGUGCCGCUCGCCGCAGCACGUCCACAUGGUGGAGCGGACUGCGAUGGAGUGCGGCGAGUUCUCUCACUGCCGGCACUGGCCGCCGGGAGUGUUCACCGACUCCACGGCGCUGUUCGGCGGCGUCACCCGGCUGCCCGACCUGCUGGUGCUGCUCAACACACUGGACACGGUGCUGGAACAGCACGGAGCCGUCAAACAUGCCGCCAAGAUGCUCAUCCCAACCGUCGGAGUGGUGGACAGCAACUGUGACCCGCGACUGGUGACGUACCCCGUGCCGGGCAAUGAUGACAGCACCACUGCCGUACGGCUGUACUGCAAACUGUUCUCAGAGGCGAUACGGCGCGGGAAGGCGGAGAGAGAAAAGAGCGCGGUGGUGUGAGGGGGAGAGGGUGGGGGUGGGGAGAGUGGUGGGGAGUGAUUGUGGGAGCGAUUGGCUGACACUGAAUGCGUGUUGAUAUGGGUUAGUGAGUCAGCGAGUUUUGAAGUCCCCGUGUCGUUUCUGUCUGGUGCUUAUUGUAGGAGUAAGAAAGGAGAAAUCGGUGCUUGAAGGUGGUCACGAUUGUCCUCUUCGUUACAAUUUUGAAUUGGGUGAUGAUGAAACAUUAAGUCCCAGUUUUUGAUUGUUUUACGCUGGAAGAAUAUCGAAGUGGUUCUGCAACCGCCCCAAGAUUCACAGUCGAUAAGGACUUUUCCGCUCCCAUGGUACGGUCGAAAGCCUGACAAUAUAUGUUUCUCAUAGAAACACCUGUUACCUGAA